AACCUAACUGGGAGUGUGGGCCCCUCCCCAAUGCAUGUUUGCGCCUCUGGAAGACGGCUCCUUCAUGUGGAAGGAUUUUCUACCCUGAAUGUGUUCCUUUUGCAGUCAGAGAGGAAAGAAAAGAUAACUAAAAUUCCAGAGCAUUACAAAAGAGGAAGUGAGGGGCGCACUACACGCCUUCCCAGGAGCUGGAGCUGAGAGGGGCAGGGCUGAGGGUACGGCUUCUGCUAUAAGGGGCAGCCUGCAGCGAAGGGUACUUCUGCUCCUGCUUCCUCUGGGACCAUGCGACUUCCGCUGCUGUGUGUGCUGGUGGUGAUCGCUGGUGUGAUCCCAAUCCAGAGCGGGGUUCUGAACCUGAACAAGAUGGUCAGACAAGUGACCGGGAAGAUCCCCCUCAUCUCCUAUUGGUUCUACGGCUGUCACUGUGGACCUGGUGGCAAAGGCCAACCCAAGGAUGCCACAGACUGGUGCUGCAAGAACCAUGACUGCUGUUACUCCAAUUUGACCAGGUACAGAUGUCGUUUCAACACCGACCACUACAGAUUCAACUUCUCCCAGGGGACCAUCUACUGCACCGACAAGGGAAGCUGGUGUGAGCAGCAGCUGUGUGCCUGUGACAAGGAGAUAGCCCUGUGCCUGCAGCGCAACCUGAGCUCCUACAGCAAGCGCCUGCGGUACUACUGGCGGCCCCGCUGCCAGGGCCAGAAGCCGGAGUGCUAGGCGGAGUCCCCUGCAGCCCCGCCAUGUGUCUCCACCCCCUGGUCCCUUGCCUCUGCCAGCUUGUCUGGAAGCCCCACGGGAUUCCCAAGGCCUCCACCUAGCACUGAACCCCUGUAGAGCAGCCUGGCCCCUUUAGAACCGCACCUCUGUGAGUCUGAGCACAGGGGUGAAGCUGGCGGAAAAGACAGAUGCCCUCCUUUUAGGAUGUUCCCCACAAUAAACGAAGAGUGGCACUGAUCGACCAA